AUGUUAAUUCCUCUGCUGAGCGUGAUAGUGGCUGGGUGUGUCGCCGAGUGGGUGGUGGAUUUGGAGUAUUCUUUGAACAGUUUGAACGAUGUCCAUCCUCUCGGAAAAAUUGAGCUACGAAGGUCGUUUGACGGUAAUUAUACGGCAACGUUUCGAGCGGCAAGUGGUAAUCGGUUAAGUGAAGGGAUGGCUGCCGAUCCUGCGUCCACAUAUCUGGUAUUGGCGAGGAGCUCAACUCACCCGAAGGAUCAAUUGAUGUCAUCUAGCAAAACGUGCUUGCUGCUACAAUCGAAUCUGUUCCACUACUUCUGGCUGUCUGUCGACGCAGAACGGCAACUUGUUCAGUCAUUGACAGUGUUUCCGGAUAUAGUGGCAGCUGGUGAUAAGCCACUCGAUUCAAAUCUUGACUGUUCUCAGCUGGUCAUUUCAACUUCUGUUCAACCAAGUGCUGUCGUGCACGUAAACACCAAAGGAGUACUUCCGACACCUGACACUCAGUUGUUCGUUCAAAUGAUGGAAAGAGAACGACGAGCGCGACAGCAUGGAGCAGAAGCAGACGAUAGAAGUUUCUUAGGGAAAUAUGUGAGUAAA